UGCGUUUCCUGCUUAGAAACCUCUGGGAGCUGCUUGCUGGGAGGGUCUCAUUCGCUGCUGUUUGCGCUCACCUACAGCUUCACUGGUCCUUGUGCUACCUGGAGGCUUCUUUUACUAAACAUCAGGCCAUUUAUUUUUUACUUUACCGAAACCUGCCUAGAAUGUAUUACAACAAGGCAGUGUGUGGAAAAAAUACAUCGCGCAGGGCUGUACUGAAAACUGUUCACCCACACAUUUCCCAUUAGUGUGCCUUAUUGACAAUUGUUUUGUUUAGCCUUUACUAGAGGUUCCUGAUACAUUUGGGCUGUGGUUCUAAAUUGUACUUAAAAGUACUUAGCUCCUGGACUUUAUAUUUUUAUGUGUGUUCUUCCUUUUGCUAAAGUGAAACUUGAAAAGCAACUUAAUGCUAAGGUCAUGGCUUUGCAACCGCGACGUGUUCGGCUAAAACCAUGGCUGGUGGCCCAGGUGGAUAGCGGAAUGUACCCUGGUCUCAUCUGGUUGAACAGAGAGGCAAAAAGGUUCCAAAUCCCGUGGAAACAUGCAACAAGGCAUAGCCCCCAGCAGGAGGAAGAAAACACAAUAUUUAAGGCCUGGGCUGUUGAGACCAGUAAAUACCAAGAAGGAGCUGAUGAACCAGACCCAGCCAAAUGGAAAGCUCAGCUGCGCUGUGCACUAAACAAGAGCAGAGAGUUUAAACUUAUGUAUGAUGGGACCAAAGAGGUUCCUAUGAACCCAGUUAAAAUUUACGAGGUGUGUGACAUCCCCCAGUCCCAAGGAUCCAUCAUCAACCCAGGUUCUGCAGGAUCUGCACCGUGGGAUGAUGAUGACUUUGAAGAGAGCGAAUUAAAUAAAUCUCAGAAUCAUGUACCAAUCCAGGAGCCCUUUAACUGCCUGAAUAUCAGUGCAGACUCACCCAUGGGAUCAACUAGCACAGGCAGCUGCACCCCUGAGCAAACAUGGCCAAAGACUGAGCCCCAGGAGAUGGAAGUGCCCCCAGCAGCAGGCCCUGCUGAUUUUUUCAGUUCUCCAGAGAUGUGGAUCAGUUCCCUACCAAUGACUGACUUAGAGAUCCAGUUCUAUUAUCGGGGGAAAGAGAUGGGUCAGGCGACGACAGUUAGUAACCCUCAAGGCUGCCGGCUUUUCUAUGGUGACCUGGGACCAAUGCCCAAUCAGGAGGAGCUGUUUGGACCCAUCACUCUUGAACAGGUUCGCUUCCCUGGAACAGAGCAAAUUGUAAAUGAAAAACAGAAGCUCUUUACUAGCCGUCUCCUUGAUGUCAUGGACAGGGGCCUGAUACUAGAGGUCAGCGGGCAUGCCAUAUACGCAAUCAGACUGUGCCAGUGUAAGGUCUACUGGAAUGGACCCUGCUCACCAUCUCAAACUACCCCAAAUCUUAUUGAAAGGCAGAAGAGAGUAAAACUUUUCUGCCUGGAGACUUUCCUAAGUGAACUUAUCUCUCAUCAAAAAGGGGUAGUUACAAAGCAACCACCGUAUGAAAUCUACUUGUGCUUCGGAGAGGAGUGGCCAGAUGGCAAAUCCAAAGAAAGAAAGCUCAUAAUUGUUCAGAUAAUACCAAUUGUGGCACGUAUGAUACUCGAGAUGUUUAGUGGGGAUAGCACCCGUUCCUUUGACAGUGGCAGCAUUCGUCUGCAGAUUUCCGUCCCUGACAUCAAAGACAACAUUGUUGCUCACCUGAAACAACUGUAUCGCCUUCUUCAGAAUCAUCAAGGCCCAGAUGCUUGGCCUCUCAUGCAGCCACAAAACAUGCACCUGGCUCAGACUCUUCAAGCCCAGUGAGGACUGGUUCCUCUGCAGAAUAACUCUUGUCUUUUUAAAGCAGGACAAGCAACUGUCCCUGCUGGAAUUUAACUAUAUAACUAUAGAAAAGGAUACGGAUUAAACAAAUAUCUUUUUUAUGCCGGGAAACUCCCCUCCCCCCGCCAAGAUAGACCCUAGCAAGCAUGUACCAUUCGCACAUAUAUGUGACGUGUAUCUUUUGUAGUGUUAUUGUAACUUUAAAAGCACAGAAUAUUUCUGGGUUAAUAAUAAUUAGGCUGUUUUCUUCAGGGGAUCCUGCAGCUGCUCCAUGUGUUUAGUAACAGGAUAGUAUGAUGCAUGUCAGUGUACACACGGGGGAUUUUGGACAAAAAAGCAAACACUGUGUGAGCAGUAACAGGUGGAUCUCAUUCAGUCCUGUCACUGAACAUACAGUAUGGAACUGAGGUUUUUUCUGCUGGUGUUUUUCCGCUGUAGAAGAAAACGCUUCAUCUACCAUUAGCCUUACCAAUAUAUUUUGGCUGACUGCCUUGACAGCUGGCUUUUCUAUGGCAUGUUUAGAGAACCCACAGGCUCACCCAAUCUUUCUAUAUAGUAAUACUUUGGUGCUCAGUACUGAGUGGCAUUAGGAUUCACCUGGAAUACUCAAUAGAAAUCACAGAACUAGCACACGCAAUUGAAUAAACUGAGCUUCCUGAAAAUUUUACCACCAUUUAAAAUUGUUGCUACUUAUUUAUUAUUUUUAAUGCAUUAAAUUCUAUUAACAAUCUUCUCCAUUAAUUAAAUGCAUUUAAUAAAAUACUUUUAUAAUAUGUGUAUUCAGUGCUGUUAGUGUGAAAUCAUAGGGCUAAAUGCAAAACAAAUAAUAAUAUCAACUGAACAAAAUGGCUUUGCUGCCACCUAAAUUACUACUACAAUUUUAAUUUGGUGGUUGGAAAAGACAAGAUAUAAAUUUACUUAAAUGUAAUGCUGUUUAAAACAUGCUAAAGUUUAGGUGAACAUCGCCCUAAUCUUUCUUUUAAUAGCCAAAUGGUGCUAUUUGGGAAAAAAUGUUGACUGCAAUUAGUUUUUUUUUUUUUUUAAUAUUUAAUUAUAACCGUGCAAAAUUUCUAUGAUUCUUUCUAUACAGUUUCAUGUUCCGCUGUGUAAUUCCAAAUUGUCUGCAUAGGAAGUAUGCAAAUUAAAAUCAUAUAAAUAAUUCUUUGGUGGAAAGAAAUGUGUUCAUAAUCUGCUUAUAAAUACCCUUUUUACCUAAAUAAAUGAAUUGGAAAAUUGGUUGUAA